CACGCACACAUACACAAACACAUUAACUUGUGACUUGAAGCCAUCCAGUGCCUGUCUUCUGAAACAGAGUCUCCAGUCAGCAGAGUUAUGAAUAGCUUGAGCCCACAAGCGCUUGUUCAGAAAUCUCUGGAAGCCAGAAAUCGGGCGUACUGUCCCUACAGCAAGUUCAGGGUUGGAGCAGCUGUCUUAACAAGCAAUGGAAGCGUGUUCACAGGUUGUAAUGUAGAGAAUGCGUGCUACACUGCUGGAUUGUGUGCUGAGAGGACUGCUAUCUCAAAAGCUGUGUCUGAGGGACAUACCAUCUUCAAAGCCAUCGCAAUUGCCAGUGACCUUGAAGAUCGGGUUAUUUCUCCAUGUGGAGGCUGCAGACAGUUCAUGAGAGAGUUCGGCUCACAGUGGGACGUUUAUCUUGCAAAAUCUGAUGGAUCUUACAUACUGAUGACAGUGGAGGAGCUCCUGCCAUGUUCAUUUGGCCCCGAAGACCUGGAAGCAAAACCAUAGA